AUGGAGCCACCAGCAGUGUUUGAUCGAAUUGCAAGAAAAAACAGUGCUCUAACUGAAAUUGUCGUUGAGACCUACAACAAAGAUAUUACUGGUCAUUUGCACCACCGACAUAGCAACAACAACAAUAGUACAACAAUAUAUACAAAAGAUACACAAAACAACGACGACAUUGGUAGUAAUUAUAAUAAUAAUAAUCAUAUGGAAGAUAGAAACAUUGAUACUAGUAGUAGUAUCAAAACAGCAACAGCACUAGACGAUGACGAUGAAGAGAUUGUAUUAUUUGAUAGCAAACAUAAACAACAACAACAACAACAACAACAACAUUAUGUAUUGAGUGAAAAAGUAAUCAUACACAAUAGAACUCCAAUGAUCAUUUCAAACUCUGGGCAAACUCCUCAACACCCUACUACGCGACCAACUAGAAUGAGCAUUGAAUUUCUUACAAUCUCAGAGACAAACGACGAAGAAGACGAGGAAAAAGAACGAGAAAAGAAUAACAAUGGCAACGACGGUCAAGACAUACCACUGGAUGUAAAUCAAGAAAAGAAGGUGGAGGAGGAAGAGGAAGGACUAGAAGAGGAAAGACUAGAGAAAGAGGAGGAGGAGGAGGAGUUGGAACAAAAGGAGGACUUUAUUAUUCAAGUAAACUUUAAUGAACCUCACACUGGAUUGAUUCUAUACGACAAUUAUGGAUUCCUCAUUGACCAAGAACUUGUACAAACACAUAUCAUUUUCAAGGAUAAAUUCUCACUUUUAGAAUCUCAAAGAAAAGGUUUAUGGUUGGAACAUAUCGAAUCUUCACCAACUGCAUUCCAAGAUUUAUCAUUACCUACUAAUAAUAAUAAUAAUAAUAAUAAUCAAAAUAAUAAUCAAUAUAAUAAUAAUAUUAAUAUUAAUACUACUAAUAAUAAUAAUAAUAAUAAUGAAAUCAAUCAAACAUAUACAACAUCUUCAUCCAAUAAUCAUACAUUUAUAUCAUUGUUGUACCAAUCACAAAGAUUAAAAGAGUCACCAUCACCAUUUAAACAUAUGAUUAGAAAAGGAGUUCCCUCAGACUUUAGAGCCAUUGUAUGGCUUAGAUGUUCUGGUGGUUAUAGUCGUCUCUCAAAAUAUCCCGAUGAAUACUAUAACAUAUUGGAGCAAUACAAAGAUAAAACGUCGAUAGCAACCAAACAAAUCGCUAUGGACAUUGACAGAACAUUCCCAGAUCAUAAAUAUUUAAAUACUCAAGAACACAUGGAAAAAUUAUCAAAUGUUUUAGUUGCCUAUUCUUGGAGAAAUCCAAAAUUGGGAUAUUGUCAAUGUAUGAAUUUUAUAGCUGGAUUCUUAUUAAUAUUUAUGAGUGAACAUGAAGCAUAUUGGACAUUGGUUUCUAUUAUAGAGGAUAUUUUACCACCAGAGUAUUUUUCGAGUACAAUGAUCGAUCUAAGUGUCGAUGUAAGAUUCGUUUUUGACGAACUUUUACUCAAGAAAUUGCCAAGACUUCACAAACACUUUUCCAAACACAACCUAUCGCUUCCAUUGAUCAUAUCAAAAUGGUUCCUUUGUUUAAUGGCAACUGCCACCCCUACUGAAACUACAUUCCGUAUUUGGGAUGUAUUCUUUAGUGAGGGGUCAAAGGUUUUAUUUAGAAUCGCAAUUGCUCUCUUUAAGAUGAACGAAGAAAAACUUUUAACUUGUCUUGACUAUAAUACUUUAUAUAAUCUAAUUCGAAAAAUACCUUCACAUGCCUAUGACGCAGACACACUUAUCGAUGUAUCAUUUAACAAAUUGGGUUCAUUCCCAAUGAACAAAAUCCAACAAAAGAGAAAAGAAAGUAAAGUAAUCGUAACCAAUGAGUACCUUAAUUUCCAAAAGCUUAGAAUGCAAGGACAAGCCAAUAAUGCUGCCAAAAGACAAUCUCAACAAAUACCAACCGAAUUAGGUUAA